CGGAGCUGCAAUUAAACCAGCCGAAUCGUCAAGACGAAGAUCAUCUUGCUGCCUGUUUGUAGGAUUGUAUAUUCUCAACGAAUAAGCGAGUGGGCACCAUGUUCGUCAGAGCCUUGCAAUUGAUUGUCAGUAAGAAGAGCGGGGUCAUUGCGCCAGGAUCCUUGGGCUUCGUCAAUGCCUUCUCCUCGGCUUCGGCCUCUCAGAGUCAGAGGCUGGCCGGAAAGGUCGCCGUCAUCACCGGGGGCGCGAGCGGCAUCGGCAAAGCGACCGCCGCCGAGUUCGUCAGGAACGGCGCCAAGGUCGUCAUCGCCGACGUCCAGGACGACCUCGGCCACGCCGUCGCCGCGGAGCUCGGCCCGGCCGCGGCGUGCUACACCCGCUGCGACGUCUCCGACGAGGCGCAGGUCGCCGCGGCCGUGGACCUCGCGGUGGCCCGCCACGGGCAGCUCGACGUCAUGUUCAACAACGCCGGCAUCGGGGGCAACCCCCUGCGGCCGCCGCUCGGUGCCGCGGACCUCGCCGACUUCGACCGGGUGAUGGCGACGAAUGCUCGGGGCGUUAUGGCCGGGCUCAAGCACGCCGCGCGCGUCAUGGUCCCGCGCCGCCGCGGCUGCAUCAUCUGCACCUCGAGCGUCGCCGGCGUGGUGGGCACCGCGAUGAACCCCGCGUACAGCGCCUCGAAGGCGGCGAUCCUGGGCCUGGUGCGCGCCGUGGCGGCGGAGAUGGCGCGCUCCGGGGUGCGCGUUAACGCCAUCUCUCCUGCUGGCGUCCCAACGCCUGCGGCAAUGGAAAUCUUCUCCUUGUGGUUCCCCGGGAAGAGCGUCGAGGAGAUAAGGCGGAUCAUUGAGGUAGACAUGAACGUGAUGGAUGGGACGGUACUAGAGGCGGAGGAUAUCGCGAGGGCGGCUAUGUACCUAGCGUCCGACGAGGCCAAGUACGUGAGCGGGCACAACCUCGUCGUCGACGGCGGUUUGACGGUGAGCAGAAGCGUCGGAAAUGUCAGCGCCAGCACGGCGAGGGAGUGAGGGGAGAAAGGGGCAGAUUCUUUUUUUUUUAGACUAAGAGCGGGCAGAUUUCGUGACCUAUUCACGGAAUAAACUGUGUUCUUGACUUCUUAUGCACAAGAGAACAGUUCAGCACUCAUUCAGUGUUUAACAACGGUGCGAUCAACGGAAAUAAAUACUAUGUUUUCUUUUC